AUGACCGAUACGACGGAGACCACCACGGGUACGAUGGAUGUGUCCGAUGUGGCAUCAGAUAUGCCAUCGACCCAGGAUGUGACUAAGAUGGCGGAGACCGCAACGUGUACGAUCGAGGCGUUCAAGGAGGUGUCAGACGUGCCAUCACCGCAUGAGAGUACAGAAACGUCGGAGACGGCGUACGGCGGCGACUACGACGUGCCUUUUAAGACGUCAGAGGUGGCAUCGGAUGUGCCAUUUGCUCCGAAUGUGACUGAGACGGCGAAGACCGCGACGUGUACGAUCGAGGCGUUCAAGGAGGUGUCAGAUGUGCCAUCACCGCAUGAGAGUACAGAAACGUCGGAGGACACGACGUAUACGGUAGAGACGUCACAGAUCGAGUCAGAUGGCCUGCCUGAGGAGGGUGGGACGACGACGGCAGACAGCCCUGCGGCUAUGAUCGAUGUGUCGUCUCCUUUUUGUGACGAUACUGAGGACAAUACGAUUUGCACGGAAGAGAUGGAGGACAGCAGUUGUAUAUUGACGUCCGCGAGUAUACCGACUUCCAUAAAAGUUUCUUCUGGAUCAAUGAGCGUGAGUUCAACCUUGAGUAGCAUUUUAUUCAAUAAUAAACUACAGACUAAUGACGCGACGAAGGUUGACAUCACGAAGAAAAGGACCAAGUUAAAGACGUGUCACUCAAAACUUCAUCAAGUAUGCGAAGGACGUCUUGGCUGUGACGGCGCAUUCGUCGCACGAGAUACGGAGUUUACGUGA